UUUUAUUAAAAAAAAACAGCUCAAUUAGUUUAACUCUUUUUUAAAAAGGAGAAAUAAAAAGGAACUACACCAGCUAGUAAUGGAAGCUAUUUGUGGGACAAGAGAUCACAGCCAUUCAUUCACGCCUUCCCUCAAUCGCAUGCAUCACAAGUGAGCAGGCCAAGUUGGGAUGGCUUGGGAUGCUCUCCAGCUAUUGAUGGUGGAUAUGCAAACAAGCCUACCAGCUUUUCACCCAGAAGUGAAAGAAACGCUGCUCAUGGGCGUACAAACAAACUACGUGUCAUCUUCGCUUUCACUACCAUCCUUCUUGUCUUUUUACCAGCUAGUCUCCUCUCUUCCUCCACUUCCACCAUUGUUCGUCUCUCCCCUAGCAGCAUGAAUAUCUACGGAGAAGAUCUCCCACGCUGCUAUUUCCACCCAAAGCAAGUAGUUGUGGGGAUUUGUUCCCUUUGUCUGAGAGAGAGGCUCCUGAACUUGGCCUCAAAACAAGGCCACAAACACCCGCAGGCCGAAGACACCCGCAGAUCUCUAGUUCUUAAAAGGAAACUCACCAUUUGUCUUCCUAGAUUCUAUGCUGUCAGCUCAAUUCUCCACCGCCUCAAGUUUCGGCAUCAGCGAACAAAUGACGGUUUCGAUGAAUGCUCGAUCCCCAGUCAAGAUUCAUUCAUAUCGGUCAAUUUCGUCGACGAUGAUCAGCCUGCACCGCACGGACAGAACAAGGAAGGAGGAAGUAUGGAGUAUGUGAAACAACCUGGUAUACCGAGGUGGCGAAAAAAGAUUGGCAGGCUGUUCGAGUUCGCAAAGUGGAAGGGGUCCCCCAAGCCAGGGACAUGCAAGGAGAGGAACCAGGGGGGGAAGGGUUGGACAAAGAGCCUUAAUUAGGAGGAGGGCCACCUCAGAAUAAAGGGAAGGAGGGAGGGGGCAGUAAAAGACAUUAUAAGCUUCCACCGUGACAAAACCUGUUCUAUGUUACCAAUGGUGCAUGUAGUUAAAUGUCUGAGGGUCUUCUUUCUUUUUUCUUUUUUUUUUUUGGUGAACUGAACGUAUGAGGGUCGACUUAUUGAUGAACUUCACUAGUAAGUCAAUAAGCUAGGAGACGGCAAGAUAGAAGUGUUCUUAGGAAUUCUAAUUUAGAUUUUGACAGGGUUUAUUGUCGUAGUUAUGUUGGUGAGAUAGCUUGCAGAUUUCCGUUUCUAGUGUUGGUGUCGUUGCAAAGUAGCAGGUUUCAAAGUGCACAAGUAAAUUUUCGCACCAUUUGAAGCUUGCAUUCUUGUCCUUUGGAACCAGCUUCUUGUCUGCUUCCAAAGUGUAGUUUAGUUUAGUUUCUCUUUGGGAACUGAUAGUAGGGAAAUGAUCGAUCGAUACUAUACAACUA